AUGUCAAGCAACCAGGAAGGAAAAGAGCUUCCCAAGCGGUCUUUUACACCCAACCGUCCUCUUUACGACUCUUUCAACGAGGCUCAUCGUAAAAUUGCCCCCGCCACUCCCAAAGUCCCACUUGAGGAAGAACUUCACGUUGAGGAACAACUUACCAAAGAGCAAGUCGAAGACAUCCUGAACGAGUCCAAUCCGCACAAGGAGCUCAAAGAACAUGUCGAAUCAGGACGGUCGCAGCAGCCUUUUACAGAAAAUCAGUCUGACCAUGAGAGAAAGUUCACUAACCCGUCUUCUGCCUCUGUCAUCGAGUUUCAGACCAAGACAACCGAUCAAUGUCUACAUGCGUCCGUCUCCCCCUGCCAGUCAGAUAUCAAGACAGCCUUCGUCAACAGCUUGAUCUCUUCCAUUUACGAAACGGAGAAUCGAGCCAAUCAGCACAGCCCUACUGGAGAUCACUUUCAAGACCAACAAACAGCUGUCGACUACCCUGAUGCUUCCUCCUUCUAUCCGGAAGAUGGUGACCCCAAGCUCCCAUCCCAAGAGUUGCUUCGGCCCCAUCUUGACGAUGUCAUCAAGAAGAAGUCUACCCCAGACUACCUCGAUACUACCCAUCUGUCUGGUCAGAACGGAACUCAAUACCCAAUCUUUAUGGACCGCGAGCAUAUUGCCCACCCGGAGUCCCAGUAUGAUGGAGACAUCUCGGAGGUUUCUGAGGGCCAAUUCAUUGGCCAGGGCAGGGAAAAGAGGUCUGUCAGUCGUCUCAAUCCAUUUCAUGCUUUCUCAGGAACGUCAUCCCAUGCUUCAGACACCAACGCUCAGUCAUCCGAACCUGAGAACAAGAAGGUCUUCUUGCGUCCUCAUGCCGAGAAGGAGGUCUCUCGAGCUCUUCACCAUGUUACCGGACUCAGCCUGCCCUCUAGCGGUCUCAUUGUUCGGCAAGGCCUGACUUCACGUACCUACGAUUCACAGCAGUCGCCUUAUCGCAUGCGCUCCGGUCAACAAAAAGACGACUUUUAUCACGCACCAGCCAUACAAUCCGACUGGAAGAUCACUCAAUCCGGCAUCAAGGUGCCUGUCUCUACGUCAUACAAUGAAGACGAGAUCAACAUGCAACCCACUGAACCCUACAACGCCAUUGACAACACCCGGAUAGCAACUGUGGCAUCGGGCGACGCUGAGGAUCGCACCGGCCUUGAGGGGGAUGAGGACUGGCGAACCGUCACUGAUGACCGUGAAUUUCCUACAGGCGCUGUUGGUCGUGUUAUGACUGGCAGCAGCAUUGCCAAUGUCUCCGACGCACUCCUGAUUCGACAAAAGCACCACACUGGAGCCCCUGCUGGUCGCAAGCCCUCGGCUACCAAGGCCUGGUGGGAAAAAGGCGUCCAGUUACCGUCGGUGCCAUCACUUUCUCCUUCUCCUUCCUUCCCUGCACCUCCUGGUCGUGUUCUCCACCAGACACAGCGGCGACAAGAAGGUUGGGAGGAGAUUGAACUGGAACCGGUGCCCACCCCCUACAGGGACUUCUCCUGGCCUCGUAUCCGUGCUGAACGUGAGCGAGCUCAACAAGCAAAGGAAGCAACGCAGACUGGUAGUAAUGCGUAUGCCAACCUUCCGUUCCCCUUGGUUGCCCGCGAGGACGCUGCCAGACGUCAAGCUGUCCGCCGUGCCAGCGGUCUUGAGGACCAAACUCUCUCUGGCCGUAUUCUCUCGCCUGGCCUGCCUUUGUCCUCUCAAGGUGGCAGCUAUGCGCUCCCUCGUCCUGCUGUGCGAAAGGAUUCCGCACGCUCAAUGUUCUCUCGGAUUAAGAACCCGAACUUCGACUGCCGCAACCUGUCAAUCCCUGCCCACCAGCAGAAUCCCUUUGGGCAGCCUGCCCAUGAGUACUUCUCAAACCAGUACUCUGGGCGGGCUCCCACCCCGCAGACGGGGAGGGAGCGGGCCUCGGCCAUCGACCAGUCGGUGGGCCGGAGGUCCUCGCCUCACCUCUACUCGACAGAGGUGAUGGCGAGGUACCGCGCCUUUCAAGCUGUCCGCCAAGCCGGCGGCUGGGGCACCGACUCCGAGCUCGCCGACAUGGCCGCGACCAUCAGAGACGUCCCGCUCUCCGAGAUGGCGGCUCGCCGCCAGAAGAAGUUUUACCAUGCGAUCAUGGCGACCACCGGCCUCCUUCCCUUCGUGGGAUUCGCCAUCCUCGCCUUCUCGGCGGACAAGUUGCUUGCGGGCCUCACCCGCGGAGAGUGCUCUGGCCUCUCCUUUCAACAAAGGCGCAACUUGCGCAUCAUGCUGCUUGUCGGCUGUGGGGUCUGGGUUGCGGCCUUCACGGCGGGCCUGAUCUCUUUGCUUGCCCUCCGCAACUGA